UAAGUAUGUAUGUUGUAAUUAAUUUAUGUUUACCAGAAGCAAUGAAAAAUGUUAUGGCAACAAACUUAUUAGCUUCCAGAAUGAUCUCCUCCUCAGCCAUUGUUCCAAGCUUCCUACAAACUCCUGCCCAAAGACUGAAUGGUUAUGAAGUAGAACCUUACAAUGAAAAUCAAGGUAAUAAAUCGAUUGUAAUUCGUAACGGAUAUGAACAGAAGAAGCACACUUACAUCAUCUUCGAUGGUAUUCUCAGCACUGUCCAAGCAAACAAAAGGGACCAACAAGGAUUCAAAGAAAUAACCGCCAGAGGAAAGAAAGGGAUUGAAAAAGAGGGAGAUGAUUUGUCUCUUGAGCUCACUCUCACUUGAAAUCAAGCUUCAUGCAUCUCUUUCUGAUGUUUAUAUCUUGAUCAUAAAAUUUUAAUGCAAAAGGGUGCAUAACUUGGGAAGAUUUUGUAACGGCAAAGUUGGGAUUAUAUAUGGCAAUAAUAUGGUAUAUGAUAAGCUAUAGAGAUAUUGUAUAGUUCUCUGUGACUUGAUUAGAUCCAACUUAGAAACAUGAGCAUAUAUGUACUAUUUUGCUUGCAAUUUGGGAUU